UUCUCCUCGUAUACAGUUCAAUGGUCUAUGUGGCACUGUGUUGUUUGUAAAUUUCUCCGUUUUGGAGAGUAUUCACCGUUAUAGAACGGUUGCAUCAACUGCAAAUAAGAGCCGUCGCAUUCGAUUCUUUGGAUAAAACCAAGGAAAAAUGUCAUUUGUGUUGAGGAAAUCACGCAGUGGCCUGACAUCACAAGCGAUUGGCUGAAUUCUAGAUAGUUUCUGAAGCUCAAACGGUAACAAAUGAUCACAUAGUAGCUCACUGAACUGGUGACCUCUGUAAUGUCAUGACCUACUUUUUGGUUGAGUUGAUGACCUUUGACCCGCACCACACGUAACCGAUAUCAACCUUUUUAUCUUGUCCCCUUUGUUUCCUGAAUAGGCACACACCACAGUUUGAAACUUGGGAAGUCUGAACACGGCUGUAACUGGCCCCUCGCCGGCUGGAUCGGCUGUUGGGCGGGUUGCUAUUGCUUGAAAUACAUAAAAUACAUAGACUGCAACCUUGAAAGUGUUUACCUUUGAUUCAAGCCACAGUGAAUUUAAACCAAGAAAACAGACACUUCUUUCGUGAUGAGCUUCUGUAGUGCUAGCUAAGCAAAGAAAACAGGGGUUUGCACUACUCGAGUAACAGAGGCACACGUAAUAUAUAAUCUCACAGCAGAUAUUACGAUAGCAUAAGAUCAACGUUAGUAUCAUCAGCUACCAGAGUAGUAAAGCUGACCUGGGAGACUGCGGUUGUCCUGACUCCCGGUACACACCACCGCUGCAACGCACCCCGCCCACAAUGAUGUUUGCACAGGGAAGCCUGAACCAUGACCGAUCUGAGCAGUAUAAGGAAACCCCUGUCUGUCGUGGCGAAGCUGUGUUACGGGAUUGGAGGUGCCGGUAUUGAGAUCACGUGGGCCGUACUCGGGGCCUACACUAGUACCUUCCUGGUACAGGUGGCUCAGAUGCCCCCUUUGUUUGCAACAUCCAUCAUUUUCGGCAGCAGGGCAGUAGACGUCUUCUGUAACUUCAUCUUGGGCCCGUUGAUUGACAGGACAAACACACGAUGGGGAAAAGCGAAACCAUGGAUCAUGGUAUCACAACUGAUCAUCGCUGUCAUGAACGCGUUGAUCUGGUAUGUCCCGGAUGUUGGAACGGACGGAAAGCUGGCCUGGUACAUUCUGCUGUACACUGUGAUGAAGAUCGCCAUGUCGGGUUUUUCAAUUUCCCACCGAACAUAUUUGAUGUUUCUGAGCGAUGAUAACUCCGACAGAGACUCGGCCGUUCUGUACAGGUCCCUUGUCAUGGUUGGGGGCACUGUUGGGGGGAUGGCAUUGCAUGGGCAGAUCUUGGCAUCAUAUAGACGUUCUGACUUUGACGCCUGUGACAACAACGCCACCUACGGCGCCAACAACACCAACAGUUCUAUGGACGACGCAUCUUUGGCGAUGACGAAAAACGGCUACAUGAUCUCUGCGGCAGCUGUGUGCCUUCUAGUACUCAUCGGCUUGAUAGCGACUGCCUUUGGAACAACCGAGAGAAAAGAUAUUUCUAGGAUAUCUGGUGGCGAGCGUGCCGGGCAAUUCCAACUGAGGACUUUGAAGACUGUGCUAACGUUCCGCCCCUACGUGUUUUAUCUUGUGACAUAUUUCUGUGUCCAAACAAGUGCGUCAAUAGGGCAUGGCGCAGUGGCCCUGUAUGCACAAUACAGUCUGGACUUGGAAGACCAGAUAGAGAACGUCAUUUUAGCAGUCAUGACGUCAUCAGCGCUAGCCAUCCCGUUGAUUGCUUUCAUCGUGUCCAAAUUUGGGAAGAAGACCACCUACAUAUGCUGUCAGCUGGUUGGGAUCCCGCUGUACAUUGGAUUUCAGUUUGUACCCAACGGCAGCUUAGCUGUUUAUGCUAUUGUCAUAACCUUCGGCAUCUCAUUGGGUUCACACUACUUCAUACCAUGGCUAAUGCUGACAGACAUCAUAGAAGGCUGCUAUCUCCAGACCAAGGAAAGACUGGACACCACCUUCGUCGCCCUUACGCUGUCAAUAAAUAGUCUCGGCAUCACCUUGGGACUGAUGAUGGCUACCAUCGGGCUGGAAAUCGCAGGCUACAAAUUAGGAUCCUGUGUUCAGCCUGACACCGUAGGAAGCGCCAUGCGGAUUCUGCUGUCGGCGUUUACGUCAGUCCUGACCGUCGUGGGCGUGGUGUUUCUAUGGCAAUACCCAAUCACAGGGGAAAGGCAAAAGGAAAUUAUGGAGGCCAUCAAAAAACGGAAACUUGCAAACGCCUUCCAACAUGAUGCUAGCAAACGAAACGGAAGCCUGUCCGAUAUGAAUGAAAAGGCUCUAAUACCAGUGGAGAUUUUAAGUUCAACUGCAAAAGGGCUGGAAGAGGAAGACAACAUUUUGUCGUCAAAAACAGAUUUGUCUGUACUUUUUGAUUGUAGAGAAUCGGUGAUUUGAUGUGUGAAGAAAGAGUAAUUUCUUUUGCUAUUGACUCAGCCAUUCACGGCGAUCACAUAGUCAUGCACGCACACAGACCACACAUUUGUUCGGGACACAUCAUCGUCUACAGUAGAAACUGAACGAUUUUAUUAAUUCGGAUACAAGAUCUAGGUCUCAUUAAAAUGUUCACGAGUUUCAAAUCAGGACCGCAACAGUAUACCGUUUUGUUAUAAAUGGUAAGUGAGACGUAGGUUCCCUAAUCUACAAUGUGUCAGAACCACUCCCGUGAGGUAAAGCUAAUUACAUGCACUUGUGAACGUAAAUCAAGGGCGGAAUAUUUAGAAUAUUUUCACACCGAGAAUAAUCAUAUAAAGCGGGCUCCACCUCAGAGGACACCUCCGAGAACAUAAACAAAUACCAAUUAUGCAAAUCCAAUUCCUUAAUUUGCAUAAUCAAUACAAAACUGUCAUAAUUCUUCCAAGUUGUAAAUGAUCAACAUUGUGAUCAGUGUAAGUUAUUUAAAGGUGUAAAUCUAAAAUAGAUUUUGUAAAUGUGGAAGUCAUAUUACAUGAACGGAACUUUUGUUGAGGAAUAUGUAUCAUUAAAUGCACUUCAACUAUAGGGUGCCUUUCCAUCCAAAAUAUUUCCGUACUUUUAACGCAAAAAAGACACUGACAAGUGCAAGCUUAAGAUUGGGACUCCAAAAAGCGAGUUAAGCCUAGUACAGAAAAUUCUUGGGGGAUGAAACUCGCCCUUUUAAAAGUCAUAGAGAGCAAAAUCUAACACCUGUAGAAAUGUAUGUGUCUAGGUCUAUGCGUACAGGUUAGAGUAGUUUUCAAAAUGGUAAACAACACGUUUUCUAAAUUGUGGGUCAGUGCAAAAAAUGCUCAACGUAUGCAGAAUUUAAUGUGCGAUGAGGAAUGAACUGGCAAUAGACCCUUGGUUAUUAUAUUGUGUAUUAUGAUACAACACGUUUAAAGCUUUACAUAUAUUACACAUAUUUAGUUCUUAUUGAUUCAAUGACGAUCCAGUCAUACUUUUAUGCGGAUCCAUACAAAGUUCAGUAUUUGGUAAAUAUCCACUACAGUGAAGUUCCAUUCUCCUACGCAGAGGGACAGACCACAGUCAUGUCAAAACUCGACAUAGGCUAAUGCCGUUUGGGGACCGGGCGUUAGGAGGAUGUGAAGUUCAUGACAAGAAGAAGAAAACAAAAUUGACAAUAAAAGGAAUAAAGAAGCAUAUUCGAACCUCGAGUAUGGCGACUGCAGUACCUCA